UUGCUUUCUUUCUCCGGAGCCCUCGGAGGAGCCGUCGAGGUCGGAGGGGGCGCCGCGGCUUCCUUCCUCCAUUGACUCGCCCCUACCAGCACUCACCAUGCGGCUCGCCCCGCUCUGGGCUGCCGUCGCCCUCUCGAUCUCCGCCUUCCCUGUCUCGUACAUGUUGAACAGCCUGUCGGCGAUGGAACACUCCUGGUCCGUGGCCUUGGUGGGUGCUAUGGUCCUUGUGGGCUUGUUUGCUCUGGUCUACCUCCCUAGUCAGCCCCAAGAUCCUCUCUUCUACGUGUUUAUGGUCUUUUCCUUCACUUCUGUGAUCGACACAAUAAUCGCACUGGAAGAAGAUGGUUAUAUCGGCGGAUUCAUGGAGUUCUACAUGAACGAGGGCGAGCCAUACCUCCGCACGACCUACGGCAUUAUGAUCUGUUACUGGGACGGCGUGGUGCAUUACGGUCUCUACCUCGUGAUGAUUGCAACCAUGUCUCAAAGCAAGAGUUACCGGAAUUUUGGCCUCUACUGGAUUGGGUCCCUCACAAUGAGUCUUCUGGUUUUCUUGCCGGGCAACGUUGUUGGGAAAUACGGGUCUGAGAUCCGUCUGGCCUUCCUCCUCAACUUCCCUUAUCUUCUCAUCCCCAUCUGGGCUGCAAAGAGAAUCUUCAGCCAGCCCAAGCCUCUGCCCCUUCUGAUGGCGGAUAAGGUUUCUGCAGAGCAAAGCAAAAGUAUCCUUCAGCGCCCGCUGGACUUGGGACUGGUGGGAUUCUUUCUCCUUGCCGCAGCGUUCACACUCUUCAGAGGCCUGGUCGUGUUGGACUGCUCGGCUGACGCUUGCUUCGAUUAUGUGUACCAGCAAGAGCCAUACCUGCGGGACCCCGUGGCCUACCCCAAAGUCCAGAUGCUGGUCUUCCUCUUUUACGUCUUGCCAUAUUUCUGCCUCUGCCUAUAUGGGCUGCUUCGUCCUGGAUGCACCUGGAUGCCAGACUGGGCUUUGGUUUUCGCUGGUGCCAUAGCGCAGGCACAGUUCUCGCACCUGGGUUCUUCCCUCCACCACCGCACCCCCUACCCCUACCGUACCCCCGAAGGGGCUUGGUGGUCUGUGAUGAUCUCCAAUGUGGCGUAUGCCCUGGGGCCCCACCUCCUUGCCUACCGCUGCCUCCGCAAUCCCGCCUUCUUCUACCCAGUGGCUCUCCGAGAUGAAGAAAAGAAGAAGCAGUGAGAGAGACAGGGAGCCCCCCUGUGUGUCAGGAAGAGGGGCUCUGUUGGGGGGGGGCUUGCAGGACGACUCUCCUGCAGUCUUUACUCUGUGUCUGAGCUGCAGUGGCACUGAGCACUGGAGCUUGAUUUCAAAUUUGGGCCCAAGCAGGAACCUUGGGAGCUGGCAUGUGGUGAAGAAACAUCUGGGCAUCUUCACAUGCCCAAACAUCCUAUUGGAAGGGGCAAGGAAAUGGGUUCAAAUGUGUGUAAUGGCACAGGGGUUCCUUUUCUAAAAGAAAGGUCGUUUUUUGUUUCGAGAAAAGAGCCAGAAAUGAGCAAUGCAGGUACUCCAAGAAGUCCUUGUUUACAAUAUUAAAAA